CUGGACAUCCUUCAAAAGUCAUAUUAUAGUGUCUAGACCAACAGCAUUAAUCCCAAUGCUUCGUCAAAGAGUUUCGGCCGAACAAUUCGGUCCACUAAAUCACUAAAUCCAGAAUCGUAUCGGAAUCUUACGAUUGGGUGUUGGUUCGACGAAACUUGAAGGAAAAGUAGAAAGGCGAAUCUCCUUGAAAUGAUAACAUGUAGCUCCCUGUCAGUCGUUGCUUGUAUACUUAGGUUAGGUAGUAUUCUCUACUUUCACAAUCCCAAAAAUAUUGGGCUCAUACAAUUUUCUUUGUGUCGGUUUUCUUUUCAACUUUGACCACCAUGUUGUCUCAAGCCCAAGGCGUGUUAGACGUCCUCGGCAACGUCCACCUUUCGCCGGCUAUUGGCUUUCUUCUCGCUGGCGCUGCUGUGCUUCUCUAUGGAGUUUACCUUAGACUUCUACCUAAGCCUAUUCCCGGGAUUCCGUAUAAUCCCGAAGCUACGCGCUCCAUUUUUGGCGAUGCGCCUAGCAUGCUGAAGGAGACGGUGAAGACGGGCGAGUUUAUGGCAUGGAUGCGAAAGCAGUCAGAAAACUUGAACGCGCCCCUCUGCCAGAUCUUUCUGCGCCCGUUCUCUAACCCUACGCUCGUCCUCGCGGACUGGAGAGAGGCGCAGGAUGUUCUGAUGAAGCGCAAGGACUUUGAUCGAUCAAGCUUCACAAGGGACUUGAUGGCCCCGAUCCCGCAUCAUCAUAUUCGCAUGAGUACGGACAGGGAGUGGAAAGACGCCCGCAAACUUACUCAAGAUUUGAUGAUUCCCGCGUUUCUGCACAGUGUCGCCGCCCCUGCUAUCUACUCCAAAGUCUUAGACUUCCUACACCUUUGGGAACUCAAAGAGAACCUCGCGGAAGGCAGGCCUUUUCACGCGCAGACGGAUAUAUAUCACACUAUCCUCGACGCCGUCUGCGCGUUUUCGUUUGGAGCCAGCUUUGAAUACGCAGCCGUGCGCCCGCAGUCGGAUCUCCUUGAGAGUCUAACGUCCGAGCAGAAGUCGGCUCUAAAGGGAGAUAUCGACGAUCCCGUUCGAUUCCCCGAGGCUGCCCUUCACGAGAAUCUCGAGGUUAGCAUGAAUGCGGGACACAUCCUUGAAAAAUUGAUGAACUCUGCUGCUCCUAAGGUUACGCUGUGGUGGGAAAAUAUGCGACCUUCUUUCAGGAAGACGCUCGCUGCUAAAGAUCGGUUUGUUAUGGAUCAAAUUAACAAAGCUGUAAAGAAGAUGAAUGCGAACGGCACCGCAGACGAUUCCUGGGUACGCUCGGCAGUUGACCACAUGAUUCUGCGCGAGACUGUUCUGGCCGAAAAGAGUGGCCGAGAGCCUCAGUUCUUUAGUCCUAGCAUGAGUGACGAGAUUAUUUUCAACGUCGUGGGAGGUCAUGAGACCACUGCUAAUACAUUGGUAUGGGGUUUGAAGUUCCUAACGGAUAAUCCCGAGGCACAGUCACGCCUUCGCUCCGCAAUUCACGCCGCUCACCCUAUGGCGUUGGCGGAGAAGCGUCUUCCCGCCCUAGAUGAGAUCACCCACACUACCAUACCUUAUUUGGACGCCACUAUGGAUGAGAUGUUACGUCUUAGUGCUAUGCCCAUAACUAGGGAAGCAACCCGCGACACUGAACUCCUAGGACAUCGCAUACCUAAAGGCACUGUCGUUCUUCUACUGUCUAACGGGCCAAGCUUCCUCUCCCCAUCAUUUGAGAUACCCGAAAGCAAGCGCAGCAAGACCUCUCAGGCGACUAGGGUAAGGCAGUGGAACGAAGCCGAAGACAUGCGCGCGUAUCGUCCCGAACGCUGGCUAGCGAGGGGUGAAGACGGCGAGGUCAGGUUUGACGCCACCGCUGGUCCUCAGUUAGCUUUCGGACUUGGCCAGCGAGGGUGCUCCGGCCGUAGGCUCGCCUACACAAAGAUGAGAAUCGUCCUUACGCUAAUGCUAUGGGAAUUCGAACUCCUCCCGGUUCCUCCUUCACUGUCGAGCUAUGCUGCUAAGGAUGGACUUGCGCACACACCGCGACAAUGCUUUAUCCGUCUGGGAAAAGUGAAGUAUUAGAUCUUAUUUCCUAGCUCGGCUUAGAAAGGCGGGAUUCGGUGUUAGUGUUUGGCGCAAGGUGGUAGGAUAGACCUGUAUUGAAGCAUGUAUAGUAACAAUUAGAUUAUAUAUCCCGAAUUAGGUUUUGUUACUCCUUAGCUACGUUUAUUUUGUAC